AUGGCUGAAAACAACUUAAAAAUGCUGAAGAUUCAACAGUGUGUAGCAGCCAACAAGCUACCUAGAAACAGGCCUUAUAUUUGCAAUAUUUGCUUCAAGCACUUUGAAACACCAUCAAAAUUAGCAAGACAUUAUCUUAUUCAUACUGGUCAAAAGCCAUUUGAAUGUAAAGUGUGUCAUAAAGCUUUUAGGCAACUUGUUCAUCUGGAGAGACAUCAAUUAACUCAUAAUCUACCUUUUAAAUGUAAUAUUUGUCAACGCCACUUUAAAAAUCUGAAAACAUUUGUGAAACACCAGCAAUUGCACAAUGAAACCUACGAGAAGGAUGUUAAGCCGGUGAGAAGGUUGAUGGAGGCCAAGCAAGAAAAGCCAGUUUAUGGAGUAUAUAGAACUUUUCCUACAGAGGAGCCUGAACCUACAUAUAAGCCUACAAAGAGAAGAAAGAAUAUUCACGCAUGUGCAGCCUGUGGCAAGUUGUUUCCAUCACAAUCAAAACUUGACAGGCAUGCACUCAUUCACACAGGCCAGAGACCUUUUCAGUGUGUCUUAUGCAGUAAGUCUUUCCGACAGUCAACUCAUUUGAAAAUCCACCAACUCACACAUUCAGAAGAAAGGCCUUUUCAAUGUUGUUUUUGUCAAAAAGGAUUUAAGAUUCAAAGCAAACUUCUGAAGCAUAAACAAAUUCACACCAAGAAUAAAACUUUUCAAACUCUUUCAUUAAAAGUAAAGAAUCCAGAACUAUGCCCCCUACCUAAUAAAUUAAAGGCAAAGCAAGAGAGUUUUGAAAGUGGUGAUAGGGGUGACUCUGAGGAGAAUAAUCCACUUGAUGUCCACUGUAUUUAUAUAGUUCCUUUUCAAUGUUCAGAGUGUGAAGAGUGUUUUGAAUCUGAGCAGAUUCUCAAUGGACACAAGUGUUUUCCUGCCAGAAGGGGCAAAAUUCCAAGCCAGCUUAAAGGAAGCUACCACUAUAAAACUGUUGUUAAGAAAAUCUUGGCCAAACAUAAACGUGGUGGUGGUAAGAAAUUGGAAAACUUUCAAUCUGAGAAAAAAGUAUUUAGAACUAGUUUCUUGAAAAAUAGUGAUCUUAUUUCUGGUGAGCAAAGCACUGGACCAACUCAGAGAACAUUCAUGGGUUCUCUUGGCAAACAUGGAACAUAUAAGACUGUUGGCAAUAAAAAGAAAAAAACAUUGACUUUGCCAUUUUCUUGGCAAAAGCAGUUUCAAAGCCAAAACACAGGGAAAAGCUUGAAAGGUGUCUUUACAACAGAAAGCAUGUUGACUAUGGAUAAUUCAUUGAGUCAUAAAGGCAUGUCUGAGUAUGGUUCAUCAGGUGAGGAAUUCUUUGAUAACUGUAAAAUGCUACAGUGUGGUUUUCCAGUUCCAAGUGAAAACAUACAUACUGGGCAUAAACUGUGUGCUUGUGACAAAUGUGAGAAAGUAUUUCCUUCUGUAUCCAAACUACAAAGACACUAUUUAAUUCAUACUGGACAGCGGCCUUUUGGCUGCAGUGUUUGUGGGAAAUCUUUUAGGCAGUCAGCUCACUUAAAAAGACAUAAAUUAACUCAUAUGGAAAAAAUCCCUUACAGACGAUCUCUUUGUCAAAUAGAAUUUGAAAAUAUGAGCAAAUUUUUCAAUCAUCCAGGUGAUAAUGGUAAUGCUUCCCAGCAAUAUCAGUCUCUUGGCUUUCAAAAAUAUGGAUUCUCAGAGUCAGAUCAAAUAACUGAAGUAAAAGUUAAGGAAGGAUCAGAAGAUAAAAUUCUUGGGACCCACUGUAAGAAUAGACAGCCUUCGCUCUCCAGUGCACUCCUGGAAUCGGAGCAGAAUCAAAGUCAUUGUAGCAGCUUUUCAGGAUGUAAUGAGAAGAAUGAUGGCCUCCUUUAUCGAUGUAGUGUUUGUUCUAAAAGCUUCAGAUCUCCAUCUAAGCUAGAAAGACACUACUUAAUUCACGCAGGACAGAAGCCAUUUGAAUGCUCAGUUUGUGGCAAAACAUUCAGACAGGCUCCUCACUGGAAGAGACAUCAACUUACUCACUUUAAAGAGCGACCACAAAAGGAAAUGGUCUUAAAUUCAGACAUGUAA